AUGCAUCCCGUCGUAGAGGUCACACUCUCAUGGCUCCUCUCGAGCGCCAGGGGUCGUGAUGAGAAGAGCUUCUGCCGAUCCCCCGCCUUCAAGGACCUGCCGGAACCUACCAUCGAGAUCACGUCUAUAGAUUGUGGCGCGGGCUCCUUGGCUGAGCCUGCGCAAUUCAGAAAGGAACAUUCUCACGAUGGAGAGGGAAGGUUCCCGGGCGUGCAAUGGCAAACACCGCGAGACAUCACUGGGAGAGUGAAGGAGUGGCUGCUCGUGGUGGAGGAUCCUGACGCGCCGCUUCCGACGCCCAUCGUCCAUGGGAUAUACGCAGGCAUUGAAGCAAUGAAUAUGAAGAUAGAACAGUCGGACCUUGAGGUUGUCGAUGAAAGCAAGGGCAUUCUGAAGGGUGGGUUUCAGUAUGGGCAGUGCCGCAGACCAGGGGUAUACCUCCCUCCUCGACCCCUGAUGAAUCACGGGCCUCAUCGGUACUUCUUUGAGAUCGUAGCGUUGAGCGAGUCUCUGCCUAAGGAGCUGCUGGGGACCAGGCCGACGAGGGAGCAAAUCGCCGACGCGGUCACGGGCAAGGUGGUCGCCUGGGGCCUUUGGGUCGGGGCAUAUGAGAGGAAAUGGGAAUCAAAGUAA